AUGGAAGACGACUCAGAAUUGAAGAAAUUGUUGAAUACUGAUGAAGAAGAAAACCAUGAAGCAAAGGUUUCAAUGCGUGAAGAGCCAGUAGAAAUCCCUGAGAGAUAUCUUCCUCCCUGGUCAGAAGCAGAUAACAAACAAAAAAUUGCAAUAAUUUAUUAUAAAAUUGGAGCUUCUCUUCCUAUAGCAUCAACAUUAGGAACUAUUCUAUGCUCAUAUAUUCUUUAUAUUUGGCUUUAUAUUUAUUAUCUAGUUGGCGACACAGAUGAUAGGCCAGAACUUUAUUUCUGGCACAGUGAAAGCGAGAAAGAAAACGCAAAAUUGCGAGGAUGGAUUUGUUUCAGCCUCUUCACACUUUGGUUUUUAAUUAUUCUUAUAAGCUAUUUUCAAGCUUAUAAAACAGACCCAGGGACUAUUCCUCCAGACUGGCAAGUUCCUGCAGAAUUGAAAAAAGAUACAAAUUUAGAACGCAUUGGCUUGGUUGAAAAGAGACACGAUGGAAAAGCAAGGAUCUGCAAAUGGUGCAAUUUAUGCAAACCUGAUCGAUGUCAUCAUUGCAAAUUUUGUGGAAGAUGUGUAUUAAAACUCCAUCAUCAUUGUGAAUGAAUUCCUAACUGUAUAGGAUAUUUCAAUUAUAAAUAUUUUUUCUUGAUGAUGCUAUAUGGAGAAUUGUCAGCAAUAUUAAUUGUGGCUACUUUUUGGGAAACUGUUGUUGUGGUGCUCAACGACUCAGAGUCGUCGACUUUUCUAUGCUUUCUAGUAGUUUUUGGAUAUACAAUGGCUUGCCUUUUUUCACUAUCAGCCGCAAUAUUUUUAGCUAUAAAUAUCAAAAUAAUUAAAGGAAAUUAUACAUGGCUGGAAUUCUGGGAAAAAAAAUGAUUUGCGCCGAAACUGAAAAAAUUUGAAGUUUCACCGUACGAUAGAGGAAUUUAUAAUAAUUUAAAAGAAGCUUUAGGGCAGAAAUGAUACUGGUGGCUUCUUCCGUUUUAUUAUAGAGAAGAAGGAGAAACAGGGUUGUUUUUCAGGAUCUCUGAAGAAGUGCAAACUGCUGAGUGCAGUAUUUGCAUGACUCCUUUAUAUACAAAAGAAACGAGUUUAGAAAACGUAGAAAUGUGGGCACCAGUUCAAACUUCUUGUAACCAUACUUUUUAUAUAUACAUAAAAAUGGGGUGGUGAGUUAACCAGUCCUCUCGACACAUAGCUGAAAUUUCAAAAUAGAGCUCAGGAUUUAUUGGAUGAAAGAGAGAAUGGCAUCUGGAAAUAUCUAUCCAGCCAGGCUCUCUUGUCAAAUUAGCAGAAUAGAGGUUAUCUCUUAUCUCAUCCAGUUUUUUCCUUGCGGUAUGGUAAAAUUUGGAGCUGGAAAUGGAAAUCAGCACCGCUUAGAACACAACUAGGCUACUCUCAGAUUGAUACUAAGCUUACCUCCUUGCUCAAAGUUUCCAUCUUGGUCGAAAAGUGAUCUGAAUAUUCUAUUUUCGAAACUUCUGGAAGGCGCACCUGCGUUGACUUAAUAUGAUGGCCCAGACGCUUUCCUUCCGCGUAGAAAGUGCAGGCCCUUGCUCGGAGAAGCAAGACAUUGCAAAGCUGUGUGCAGACAGACAAAAAGUAGUGGAGCUUUUAUGAGGUGCACUAGUUUAGGCCUUAGGGUGUUUUCUCCAUUAGUAUUUAUGCUAAUAGCCACACUUUUCAUAAUAACUGCAUUGUCGAAUGAUCUAAAUUAAAGAGACAAUGCCCGAUUUGCAGAUCAUCAUUAGAUUGGAUUAUAGCAUAA